CUCGCCUGAGAAAAGCAGACUGUUUUCUGAGGACGUCUUCCAGCAACUGCAGCCUCCGAGCUCCGGAAUCGCUCCCCUGCUUACUUUACCAACUUUCUGCAAGUUUCACCGUUUGGGAAACGCAAUUUCGCGGAAAUCAUCCAGACCCGAGGACGCCGCCUUGCCUUCAGAUUUGCUCGUGGAAGAUGCCUCGACCCGGGAGAAACACAUACAGCGACCAGAAACCACCUUACUCAUACAUUUCUCUAACUGCCAUGGCUAUCCAGAGCUGUCCGGAGAAGAUGCUACCUCUAAGCGAGAUUUACAAGUUCAUCAUGGACAGGUUCCCGUAUUACAGGGAGAACACGCAGAGGUGGCAGAAUUCUCUGCGACACAACUUAUCCUUCAACGACUGUUUCAUUAAGAUCCCGCGGCGGCCGGACCAGCCGGGUAAGGGCAGUUUCUGGGCUCUACACCCUAGUUGUGGCGACAUGUUUGAAAAUGGGAGUUUUUUGAGGCGCCGUAAACGCUUUAAGGUGAUGACGACAUCAGACCACUUGGCACCCAACAAGCCCUCGGACGCUGCCCAUUACCUACAGCAGCAAGCCAAACUCCGACUGAGCGCGCUGGCGGCCACUGGCACCCACCUCCCGCAGAUGUCCAGCUAUAACUUAGGGGUGUCCCAGCCGUCAACCUUCAAGCACCCGUUUGCCAUCGAGAACAUCAUUGCAAGAGAAUAUAAGAUGCCGGGAGGACUCGCGUUUUCCACGAUGCAGUCGAUGUCUGCUGGUUAUCCUCUGCAUAACCAGCUGACGACAACGUGGCCCCAUAUGUACAGUACCAGCGUGAUAGACACAGCAGCUCCUAUUUCAAUGGCCAGUAGUGACUACAGUGCUUAUGGCAUGCCUAUUAAAUCUCUCUGCCACGGUGGGCAAACAUUACCUGCCAUCCCGGUGCCAAUAAAGCCCACGCCGGCCUCGGUGCCUGGUCUUUCCGCACUGCCGACGCAUAUCCCGGCGUUCCUGUCGAACUCUCCCCAGUCUCUGAGCCCCACAUCCCCGCAGACAGCUACCAGCCAAAGCAGCCCUGCCACCCCAAGCGAGACCCUGACAAACCCGUCGUCUGCGUUGCAGUCGGUGGCGGUGCACUGACAACCACAAGGUUUCCGUUUCUCCUUUUUUGGGACUUGAAAACUAGGCCUACGGUUUUUACCACUUCCAAAGCUGUAUUUUUAUUGUCAACCCAUGACAACUAAACACCGAACAAAACUCGUCUACAAUCGUCAAGGCAAGAUAUUUGUGAUUUGCAGUAAUGUUUAUGUAUAUGUAUCUUAAACUUUAAUGUGCAACUUCUAAUGUUAAUGUCAUAACAUGUUUCAGUAUGGUUAGAUAGUGUCAUGUUUGUUUUCGGCGCACAUAUAAUUUAAUACUCUUUUGCAGGUGCUCUAAGAUCGUGUUGUUACUUUUGAGGGGUGAUUGCUUAUACGUUUAAAGUACUGCAAGCAGUUUCUUCAUUCUCAUACGUGGAACAAGUUAAAAGGUACUAAUUGUUAGGAUGGUUGGCGAAUGUUUUAAUGCAAAUUCGAAAUACUUUAAUCCAGAUCAUACCAGGCUUCACAGUAAAUAUAUUUUCGAUAGUCAGUAUUGUUAAAAUAACCAUUAAGGAUUAUUUACAGACGUAUUCCCUGUUUAUUGCGAACAGUUGCUUUCUAACACAAGCAGUAGUCACGUUAUUGGAAACAAACAAAUACAAGCAACACCAAGUACGGUUCAGCGACAGUUCGCUGAAGUUAAUCUAAAUUUUCAAUUUACAAAAGUAAUAACACUUUCAAAGCCCACAGAAUGCUCGUUGCAUUUGGUAUACCAAAUACCUAGUUAUUAGCUGUGUUAAUAUUGAUUAUAUUAAAAAGAACAAUCACAGAUAUUACGUUUUAAAACUCUCAGACUUGAAAUAUAUUCACUUAAAAAGCACGCAAGGUGUUAAGUACACUCGAAACUGAUAUGAAUUAUUACAAAUAGGGGAUAUUAAAAUGUGUAAAUGCACUUUUUAGUAAAAUGUUUUAGAUUAUCUGUAGUUUGCAGAAAAUUUUUGGUCUGUGAACCAUUUAAUUUAAAAGCUGUGGUGACCAUGUGUAAUAAAUGCUGUAAAUUUGUACGUUUCUGUAUAGAUAAGCAUGCUAUUUCCAAAUUUUGUGUUGUUUUUGCUGCAAGCAUGCGUGCUUUUAAAAAGUGUGCGACGUGUCUGCAAUAAAUUAUAA